AUGGAGAAGUUAAUUCUUGGUCAGGGUCCGACCACAAUCUGCAUGGUUUACAAUGCCACUGGGGCCCCCAUCUAUUUCGUUACAGAUAAGAACUGGCAUGGAUAUCUUAAGAGCCCCAAAUUCCCGGAAAAAAUUGAGAAUGGGCAGUGGGGUGUUUUUAGUCAUUCAUCCAUGUUGACUGCGCACACCACCGGAUUCUCUGCUGCUGUUGUCUAUCGCGCCGAGGAUAUCGUUAGCGGUGACAAGAAUGACUGGAUGUUUUCUUGGUACGACGGGUUAUUGACGAAAGAAGGCGUUCUUCAAAAGGCAUAUACUGAGAUGGGGGAAGCCGGACUCUUUCAAGGGGAAGAAGUAUGGAACAAGAUCAAACAACAAACUGAGUACGCCAAAGCCAAAACAUUUUGCGAAUGGAAAAUAUACGCAGCACAUGUGGAGAUCGACAACAAGAAUCCAGCACAUUAUAAGGUUAAAUUACUGGUUCUCUCGCUGAGAAUCAAUGAACAGCCUGCAACUAAAUGACUUUGACCCUGUGAAAUUUGCAAUGUCAGCACAAUAUGGACACUAAUAAGCUGUAUGUGUUGAUGCAGUGGAGAAUAACAAUGUCCUCGUAUCUCCUUUUCCUUUUUCUUUAUUUCGUAGUGUGGUGAUGAAAUACGUUUUGCCUUUCUGUGGUUGUUGCUUGUUAAAUAAUGAAGUGAAGUUUGCUA